AUGGUUACUUUAAAUGAAGCUUAUUCAAUUAUUCAUUUAUGUGCUGGGGAAGUAUUAUCAAGAGGUGAAGAUAAUUUAUUCUCACCUGUUGAUAAUGAGGAUAACCCUGAUGAGGUCAGGUACCUUAUCAAUUGCCUUUUACGUGAAAAUCAUACGGAAUUCGAAGAUGAACUUAAGUUUCAAGACAUUCGUAAUAUAGUCUCCGGUAUUAGGUGGACUCUUAGAAGAUGUGUCACUGGUAUAGUGUCAUAUAAGAGUUACGCUAAUUUUGUUCGCUUAGAAAGUGUACUCAAAUCAAUGGCUCAUUAUAUUAUCGGUGAUAAAGAAUUAAAAUUUGAAAAUUUUAGUGCUGCUUAUACAAAAUGGUUAAGAUGCUCUAACGCAUGUACUCAUUUAUUCCUCGCUUAUUUACGUGAAAGAGCUUGUUCUGCUAGCCUUCCUCCUCGUUUAAAUAUUUUAUUGGAUGGUUAUGUUCAAUUUCGUAAAAAAUCAAGAUCUUCUCCUGAUUAUCAUCAUCCUUUAGCCGAUAUUACUAUUGAAGAUUUACAAUUAAUUAUUAGACCAAAAAAACAACGCCAGAAGAAUAAUGUAAUCCCUCGACAGAUUGAUUCUAUAAGGAAUAGUGGUCUAUCUCGUCAAUUCGAUCCCACAAAGACUAAUAUCGAUCCCACAAAGAAUAAUAUCGAUCCCACAAAGAUUAAUAAUGGUGUUUCACGACGUUCCGGUCUUGUUUUAAAUAAUGCCUCUUUACGACAAUCUAGUGCUACUUUAAAUAAUAAUAGACAAACUAGUUCUAUAUUAUUAAAAUCAAUGAUUAAAAAUGAACAUGAAAGUAUGCUUUCUAGAGGUUCAUUAACCAUUGCGGAAAUGUUUCCUGAUAUUGCGGAAUCUUUGGAUUCUUUGAGACGAAAAACCACUUAUCAAAAUUUGGAAAAUAUUAUUGAUGAUUCUCAAAUUGCCGCUCAAAAAUGGGAUGAAUUACAAAUUAAAGGUUUUAAUGUCCUUUCUGAAGAAGCUUUAAAAUUAUUCUUUGCUUAUGAUGAUAGAAGUUCAAAUCCUUGUGCUAGUAUUGUAAGAAGACGUAGUAGAAAAUUUAAUAAGAAAAAUUUUGAUCAAAGAUUUUUAGAAAUUCUUCCAAAUAUUGAAAUUGAUAGUGAAACAUUAAGAGAUAGCUUUUUUCAAUCUGGUGGAAAUAAUUCUAAAGUUUCUUUACGUGCAACUGUUGUAUGGGAUGAAUUUGAAAAAAAAGGUUUUAGAGAUUCUGUUGAUACUAAUUCAAAUAUCCUUAGUCUUUGUUCUACCUUAGGACCAUCAACUACUUCUGUCCCUUUAUCCGAAGUAACUGAAACUGAAGUAACCAAUUCUGAAGUUAAUGAAAUUAAUGAAAUUAAUGAUCCGUUAUCGCAAAUUAAUGAACCGCUAUCGCAAAUUAAUGAACCGCUAUCGCAAAUUAAUGAACCGCUAUCGCAAAUUAAUGAAGAAAUACAAAUACGAACUCAAGAAAGAUCUUUACCUAUAAAUCGUCGUCGUACUAAACGGAAAAAUAAACCUUUUAGAAAAACUUUUUGCUUUUUAUGUAUACGUCCUGGGUCGAGUUUUUCGGGUUUUUCCGUUACAAUGGAAACGGACGAAAAUCAAGAUGUAACAAAAGAUAAUUUUAUGAAUUCUCACGUGACCAUAGAACCUAUUAGCAAUAAUGUUCCAUACAUGUGGGUCGAAUCUGGUGCUAAUGAGAGAAAUGAAAAAGAACCUUGGGAAUGGGUUUUUGUCGAACCUCGAGAUGAAAGACAUGAACCUGAAUGGAUAAUGUUUGAAGAUAAAGGACGAUUCUUUUCCGAACGAGAAAAAGAUAAACGUAAAACGCGUAAAAGAUCUCUUUUGAGCGCUUUAAAUACUAUUAACGCCAAUAUGCCAUGGUCAAAAUCUAAUCGUAAAAAUCGACCAAAUAAAUUUAUAAAUAAGAUAAAAACUUCGAUUCAACAAACUCGAACAAGUCCAACAAGAAUUCCACCAGAAAGUGAACUUGAAUUACGGAAUUCAAAAGAAAAUGGUGAAGGAUAUGAUAAUCUUUCAGUUUCUUCAUUGGCAUAUAAUCAAGAACAAUAUAAUGAACAAUCUUAUGUGUUAGCGAGCAGAAGAAUUUUACAACCACAACAAUCAAAUUAUCAUACGCAAUCAAAUUAUCAUACGUUAACCGAAGGACCAUCAUAUUCAUCAUAUCAAAUGCCUAUUAUACAAUCAAAGAAACAAGAAACGAAUAGGGAAAUUAUUAAAUUUUGA